UGAUAUAUAAUAUUCCAUCAACCUAAGAAAAUUAUAACUUUGGAGAGAGUUUUCUAUAGAUAUCAUUUCAUAUCAGUCUCCGCGUCUUACAUUUGAGGGGACUCAUCAACAUGAAUACAUUUCAAAAGUUCACCAAAAGUGUUCGUGGAUAGCACUUCUUAAGAGCAUCUCCAAAUCUCUUUGGAACUCCCACAAAACGGUCACAUCAUAUCUUCACCUAUGUUUCUAUAUUAUUCAUUUUCUCUCUAAUGUUACUUCUAUUUCCACAUCACUCUACUUUGUACAUUUACUCUUAUCAACAAAAUAUAUUUUUGUAAUAAAUUAUUUAAAUUCCAUUUCUAAAUUUCAAAAUUAAUAUAUAUGUUAAAAAAAUUACACAGAUAAAUAUGCACAUACACUUAGCAGGGCCCACCUCCCGUCCAUCCGCUUCCGUUCAGAAAGCCAGACAUCACCCUAAACGAACAUCACCGGACAAGCCCUCUAAUGUCCGGCUGGUGUUCGCCCUCACCCUAAACAGACGUCACUGGAAAAGCCCUCCCAGGGCUGUCUGGCAGCCUGUAGAUGCUCUAAUAGCGAGUUUUCUUGCUUCUUUCGUAACUUCAGUGCUACUUUUAAACCAAUGUAUCAAUUAUUUAAUCAAAAACCUUAUUGAUAAUAAAUAAGUUUGUAAGGCUGAAAAUAGAACAGUAGUCCCUUUCAAAAGAAAUAAAUUAUGUACGUAAGUGAUACUCUACUGCACCAACUUCCAGGAAACAAGACCUCGCGAACGUACAUUGACAUUUCAUUUCUUGAAAUCAAUCUAGAUGUUAUAAUUCGCAAAAAUGUUACACUGUACAUGCACGACUUAGUGACACGUUAAUGGAGGAAAGAAGAGUGCCCAAGACCAGAUUGAUCUUUGGCUUCCUUGGUGUACUUUAUGCAUCAAUAACAUCUACCCAUGCUGCUGCACACACAAUAUCUGCAAACCAAACCCUUAGAUAUAAUGAAACCAUCGUUUCGCCACAAGAAACCUUCGAACUUGGUUUCUUUAGCCCCCCUAACUCCAUGAACCAUUACAUCGGAAUUUGGUACAAGAAAAUAUCAAACAGAACUGUUGUAUGGGUAGCCAACCGGGACAGACCGCUCACCAAUACCUCCGGUGAGCUAACUCUCACCCUUCAGGGAGUUUUGGUUCUCCGGGAUGCCACCAUGGGCAAGGUGGUAUGGUUGUCAACAAAUUCAUCAUCCAAGAUAGUGAGGAAUCCGAUUGGUCAGCUUCUAGAUACAGGCAACUUUAUAAUCCACGAAGAAGAUGAAAUCAAUCAAGAAAAUCCCAUAUGGCAAAGUUUUGACUUAAUGACAGACACUUUACUUCCCGAAAUGAAGGUGGGCUGGAAUUUGGUUACCCGAACUGAAAGACACUACACGUCAUGGAAAUCAGUCGAAGAUCCUGCUUCUGGUGAGUUUUCUUAUUCGAUUGAUAUCAGAGGUUACCCUCAGCUGAUCCUAAGGGAUGGCGCGAAAAUAAGGUUCCGGGCUGGGCCAUGGAAUGGACUCCGGUUUAGCGGGGCUUUUAAUUUGAAACCAAACAUAAUUUACAACUUCACAUUUGUUCUUAACCAGAGAGAAAUAUACUACCAAUAUAAUCUUAUAAAUUCUUCCGUAUAUACAAGGCUUGUGUUAAAACCAAAUGGUCGGUUAGAACGCUUGUUAUGGGUUGAUAGCAUAAACGAUUGGAACAUUAUAUUGGCCCCUGAAAGUGAUAUAUGUGAUCGCUACGAGGUGUGUGGGCCAUUCGGGAGCUGCAACAUUGACAACACCCCGGUUUGUGAAUGUUUGAAGGGGUUUGAACCCAAAUCUCCUGAUCAGUGGAGGGUUGCAGAUUGGUCACAAGGUUGUCGACGUACAAUUCCUUUGGAUUGUGAACCUGGGGAAGGGUUCAACAAAUAUUCAAAUUUGAAGUUACCAGACACUCGGGGUUCAUGGUAUAACCAGACGAUGUCCCUUGUCGAAUGUGAGAAGAUUUGUAAGAGCAAUUGUUCGUGUACCGCUUAUACAAAUUCAAAUAUCUCAGGGACUGGGAGUGGUUGCUUGCUAUGGUAUGGUGACCUAGUUGAUAUCAGAACGGUUCCUCAAAAUGGAGACACUCUUUAUAUACGAGUGCCGCAUUCAGAGAUAGAGUCGACAGGAAACAUUAAACACUCAGGUGUAGGGAGAAGAAGAAUACAAGUCAUUGUCCCAGUAGCAUUCCUAGUUUUGAUCACACUUGUUUCAAUAUGCUUAUUUUAUCGUUUUAAUAAGAAGAAACAGCAACCAGGGAGACCUGGAAACGAAAAUAAUUCUGAAAAUCGAAGUAGUGAUGAAGAUUUCGAGCUACCACUAUUUGGUUUGUCUGUAAUACUUGAAGCUACAAACAACUUUUCAUUGAACAACAAACUUGGAGAAGGUGGUUUUGGACCAGUUUACAAGGGUGUACUCGAAGAUGAGAAGGAAAUAGCAGUGAAGAGGCUAGCAAAAACAUCCACUCAAGGACUUCAUGAGUUCAAGAAUGAAGUCAUCUCAAUAUCUAGACUACAGCAUCGCAAUCUUGUCAAGCUAUUUGGCUGUUGCAUAGAGGGAACUGAAAAAAUGUUGAUUUACGAAUACAUGCCAAAUAAAGGCCUUGAUUCCUUCUUAUUUGAUAAAACUCAAAGCCAACUCCUUGAUUGGCCAGCACGUUACCACAUUAUCAAUGGAAUUGCUCGUGGACUUGUUUAUCUUCACCAGGAUUCUCGGCUCAGAAUCAUACACAGAGAUCUCAAAGUCAGUAAUAUUUUACUAGACAAGGAUAUGAACCCGAAGAUAUCAGAUUUUGGCAUGGCUAGAACUUUUGCAGGAAAUCAGAUAGAGGCAAAUACAAACAGAGUAGUUGGAACAUAUGGCUACAUGGCACCAGAGUAUGCAGGAGAUGGUAUCUUUUCGAUAAAAUCAGACGUAUAUAGCUUCGGCGUAAUAAUGCUGGAAAUUGUGUGUGGGGAAAAGAAUCGUGGGUUUGUCCACAAAGAACAUUGCAACAACCUUAUUGGAUAUGCAUGGGAACUCCAUAAUGAAGAUAAAUCCUUGCAAUUAGUUGCCAAGUGCCUAGGUGAAUCAAUCAACGUGUCUCAGGUUCUACGAUCAAUCCACAUUGGUUUGCUGUGUGUUCAACGUCACCCUGAAGAUAGGCCGACUAUGACUUCUGUAAUCCUGAUGUUAGGGAGUGAGGGUCCGUUGCCUUCACCCAAAGAACCAGGUUUUUACAUUGGAAAAACAAAGCAUGAUACUACUCAAUCAUCAAGUUCAUAUGGAACAAGUUCUAACAAUGAACUAAGCAUUUCAAUGUUGAAUGGUAGAUAAAAUAAAAGCUGCAUGUGUUAGAAGAAACAACUUCCAGCCAGAAAAUAUAACAGAUAAGCUUGUUAAGGAAUUCAGAUUGGCCAAGUACUAUGUAUUAACUAAAAUCAACAUAGCUUAUAUGUGAACUUUUAUAUAUCUCGCUACUUUAUAUGAAAUGAACACAUUUAAACUUAA